AGCACAAGGAGACUCUGCGAGCACAGACCAAAACACUGAGUGUCAACCCCAUCCUGAUGAAGGAGAAGGUUAAGGUUUUCCAGUUGCGUGAUCGAUAUGCUGAGCUCACGGUCAUCUCCACUGUUCGAGAUCGGACACUGGUGGAACAUGAGCUGCUGGCAAGAGGCCGGGACCAUGAAGACUGGAGAGAGGAACAUCUCGGGGGAGAGUUUGAAAAAAUCCGAACUGAUCAGUUAUUCCAGAACAUUUCGACGAGCAAAUCCAAAUCUGGGAGUUCGUCUGCCGUGGACGGAAUUCCGGGGAUCGGACAAACAACAAUGAUGCAAAAAAUUGUUCAUGACUGGGCCACGGGGAAAAUAUACCAACAAUUCCAGUUUGUCUUCAGUUUCAAAUUCCGGGAUUUAAACACUAUUAAUUGCAGAAUAACCCUGAGGGAACUGAUUCUGGAUCAGUAUCCUUACUUUGGGAAUAUGCUAGAAGAGGUCUGGAAGAACCCAGAGGGAUUGCUGUUUAUAUUCGAUGGUUUGGAUGAAUUCAAGGGCAGAAUCGAUUUUGCUGACAGUCGGAGAGACACAGAACCUCAGCACCAGUGCCCAGAUCCCGAGUGGUGGUGUGAAGUGUCUGACAUUGUGUACUGUUUAAUCCAGCACAAGCUGCUCCCAGGGUGUUCAGUGCUAGUGACCACCCGCCCCACUGCGUUACAUUUACUGGAAAAGGCAAAGAUCAGUGUCUGGGCUGAAAUCCUGGGAUUUGUUGGUGAGGAACGGAAGGAAUAUUUCACCAGGUAUUUUGAAGAUCAGACGGUGGCAGCAGCUGUUUUCAAACAUGUGAAGGAGAACGAGAUCCUGUACACCAUGAGCUACAACCCAUCCUACUGCUGGAUCCUUGUCCUGACACCUGGCCCCUUCUUCACACAAACACACCGGGACCCGCAGCAAGUUCCCAAGACCAUCACACAACUAUAUUGCUACUUUAUUUACAACAUCCUGAAAAACCACGGCCGUGAGAUUGAGAACCUCCGUGAGGUGUUACUGAGGGUUGGUCAGAUGGCCUUCACUGGAGUGUCUGAGAAGAACAUCGUGUUCACAGAUGGAGAUUUGAUCAAAUACAAUCUGCAGCCUUCCCAGUUCCUGUCCGGGUUCCUGAUGGAACUUUUGGAGAGAGAGGAUUCAGCCCAGAGUGGUGUGCACCUUCCCGCACCUCACCAUCCAAGAGUUUGUAGCCGCACUCGCACAAUUCAUGUCUCCAGUUCGCGGGAAUAUCACGACACUCCUCAUUGAAGCCCAUGGCCAGAG